AUGUUGCGUCUAACAAAACAUCAAAAACAAUCAAGAAAGGCUUGUAAAACAAAGGCUAUAAAAGAAAAUGAUAAUGCUGCAAGUAUUGUAAGAAAACUUCAAGAAGCAGCAAAAAAAUACCAUAUGAAUAUGCUUCCUAUAAAGCACAAGAAUCAGCAACAGUGUGAGGUAGCAAAGGGGACCCUUAAGUUGCAUACCUUUUGGGAGGUCAAGAAACCUGAUGAGAAAAUUGACAAAGAGGUGGCCAAUAAGGAUAAUAUAGAAGUAGAUAAUGAUACUAAUGAAGAUUCAGAUGAUGAGAUUAAUGAAUAUUCAAAUAAUAAGGUUGAAGGUUACAAUUGGUAUAAUAAAAUUCCAGAUGCUCUCAAAAAUUUGGAAUUAGAUAUCAAAAAAGAAAAGGUUAACAGUGAG